AUGGGAAAAGUUCACGGAUCCCUCGCUCGUGCCGGUAAGGUCAAGUCUCAGACCCCGAAGGUCGAGCCCCAGGAGAAGCCCAAGACUCCUAAGGGACGCGCCAAGAAGAGAAUCCUCUACACCCGCCGUUUCGUAAACGUGACGAUGACCGGAGGAAAGCGGAAGAUGAACCCCAACCCUGGAACGUAA